UCGCCGAGACAGGCACACACACAACACGACGGACAUGGAUUUGUAGAGGACGAUUCAAAGAAUCAAAAGGUUGGGAAGCUGUCAUCGUCUCCGAAAGAUCCACGUGUUUCGGCGAGUUUCACAUGGUGGAUUCUGCAAUCCGACAAGAUAUGCUUACAGUUUAAUUGACCCGCGAGAGCUGUCCCUUUUGCCUUCUCCAUCGUUGUAGGAAGGGAAGAUCUAAAGACCCGAUUCGGCGUCGGGUUUAAAGAUCGAUUUCUCUGCAUUUGUGAUUGCGCGCGCAAUUUGUUCUCUGCUCCUCCUGAUAUUUCAAGUGAUUGUCUCGAGUCCUGGUUCUUCGCGGUGACUACCUCUGACGAUUGUUGCCGGACAGAGAUUUUUGUUGUUCAGUUCCUUACAAGCUGAACCAUGAACAUGAGACUUGAAUGUUAAUUGGUGUGGCUUUCAGAACAUAAAUGGGUGAGACCAUCGUUAGCAAAUCGUGUUCAAGCACCGAGAAGAAUAAACGAAAUGUGAUCCCGAGUGUGUUUAAUCCCGCGGUCUCUGGAAUUCUGGGGUUAUCUCAGAAGUUCCAGAGCGGUCUUCAGUCCCAGUUGAAGAGAUUGUCGGCUGAUAAGCCGGGGAUGAAGUUGAUAGGCUCUUCAUGGAGGAAUGGUAAAGAAUGUUUAUCGAGUUCCAUUGAAGUUGAUCUGGAGAAGCAGUUACAACGCUGGAGAGAAAACCCUGCAUGGACUGAUCAGCCUCCAGCGAUAAAGGUGAGUAUACCGAAAGGCUCUCUUUGCAAUCUCAGCGUGGAUGUAAACGUCGGUUUGCCACCUGAUGCAGUGUAUAACAUUGUGACUGACCCUGACAAUAGAAGAGUCUUCAAGAACAUCAAGGAAGUGAUAUCGAGGAAAGUAUUGGUAGAUGAAGGGACAAGGCAAGUAGUUGAGGUGGAACAAGCAGCUAUAUGGAGGUUUCUAUGGUGGUCAGGGACAAUCUCAGUCCAUGUCUUGGUGGAACAAAACCGAGCAGAUCACUCUAUGAAAUUCAAGCAAGUGAAGACAGGGUUCAUGAAGAGGUUCGAAGGGUGCUGGAGAGUGGAGCCAUUGUUUGUGGACGAGCAUAUGUGUGAAGGAAAGGAGAGGCCGAGGACGGAAGAUGAGUAUGAGAGAUGCAGCGGAGGGAGAGGGAGGAUCGGAUCAAAGCUGAAACUGGAGCAGCUCAUUCAGCCUGCUAUCGUUCCGCCCCCACCCAUCUCUUGGUAUCUCAGAGGAAUCACUGCCAACACUACGGAGAUGCUCAUCCUAGACCUCUUGGCCGAGUCCUAUACGAUCCGAGCCGGAGACUCGGGUUCAUCCGAGAGUAAGCCCGACGAGCCACAGCGACAGGUUCGGAUGGGGUCCGAAGAUCUCAAGGAGAGAUGGGCUCAACACAGGAGAACCUCUAGGAGAAGGCGCAGGGAUUUGUCAGUUCACUCAAGAUGACGUAUGCAAGUUCAUCAUACUAGCAAUUUGUUAUUUUUUUACGCGUAUCAAGUGUUUGUCGACAGCCUAUGGAAUUUCCGAGUAUAUAUAUAUAUAACGAAGAUAACGUGUUUUGCCAAAACCCAUAAACUAACACGUACAUUCAUCAAAACCCGUUCUUAGAAUUACAAUAUAGCAACAAUGAAAAAGGGGCUGCCUACAUACAAAGACACUUGCACAAAAAGCCACGCAAUCGAAACAGCAACAGAUGAAAGAAACAAAACAAUUUAGAUAGAAUCGCCAGCCAACCUUCUUUCUCUCCCUCUC